AUGGUAAUGGUGACGGUGGCGGUAACGGUGAUGGUGACAAUAAUAAUGAUGGUGACGCUAACGGUAACGGUGAUGGUCACAGUAACGAUGACGGUAACAGUGACGAAAACGAUGAUGGUAUCAAUGAAGGUGACGGUGACGCGUAAAGAUGACGAUGACGAUAACGGUAACAAUGACAGUAACGGUGAUAGUGACGGUAGCGGUAACGAUCACGAUCACGAUGACGGUAACAAUAAUGAUAACGAUAAUAGAAAGAGUAAUGGUAAUAGUAACGGUAACGGUGACGAUAACGGUAACGGUAUCAAUGACGAUAAGCCUGAUGGUAACGGUGACAGUGAUAAUGAUGGUAAUAGUGACGAUAACAGUAACGGUAAUGGUGACGGUAGCUGUAACGUUAACAGUAACGGUGACGGUAGCUGUAAUGGUGACAGUAACGGUUACGGUGACGGUAACGAUAAGGGUAACGGUGAUAUUAACAGUAAUGAUAAUGGUGAUAGUAGCCGUAAUGGUGACUUUGACAUUAAUAGUGACGUUAAGUGA